GCGGCGGAGGCGGGACUUCUGAGCGUGUCGUUGGUGCGCGUGAACUGAUAGCGCUUAGUGUGUAUUAUUUUCCACAAAAUUCAACUUCCGAAAGAGAAAUCCGCGGCUGCAAGCGUUACUACGAGGCGGUGAUUGCUUGACCUACAUCCUCGGUCGACAUUUGUCCUUCAACUGUUUCGCAUUUGAUAGCCGGAGUCAGACAAAGACCGAAAACAGAUUGACAGUUGUGGGCUAACAGGAGCUAACUUCUCCCUGCAUACCAGCUGCCUCAGCGCUGUAUGUGCGGCAAUAACAUGUCAGCGCCUUUACCUGCCAUUGUGCCUGCUGCCAGGAAAGCCACUGCGGCGGUGAUAUUCCUGCAUGGCCUUGGCGAUACUGGACAUGGCUGGGCAGAGGCGUUUGCAGGCAUCAGGAUACCACAUGUGAAGUACAUCUGUCCACAUGCUCCCACCAUGCCUGUUUCCUUAAACAUGAGAAUGUCCAUGCCUUCGUGGUUUGACAUCUACGGGUUGAGCCCAGACGCAGAUGAAGAUGAGAUGGGUAUUAAAAGAGCAUCGGAGAACAUUAAAGCCUUGAUAGACCAAGAAGUGAAGAAUGGAAUACCUUCCCACAGAAUUAUCCUGGGUGGAUUUUCACAGGGUGGAGCGUUGUCGCUCUACACGGCUCUGACAACCCAGCAGAAGCUUGCUGGAGUGGUCGCUCUAAGCUGCUGGCUUCCUCUCCGCAACUCCUUCCCGCAGGCGUCUGCCAUGAGUGCUAACAAGGACACUCAUGUCCUACAGUGCCACGGGGAUGCCGACCCCCUGGUGCCCUUUAUAUUUGGCAGCCAGACAGCAGAGAAGAUGAAAAGUCUCAUCAGUCCUGCCAACAUCACCUUCAAGUCGUAUCGGGGUCUACCUCACAGCGCUUGUCCAGAGGAAAUGGUGGACGUCAAACGUUUCAUAGAGAAGCAGCUUCCUCCCAUCAGUGAUGAAUGAACUCGGGAACGGCCGCACACCCGCACAACACCAUCUGAGUCCUGUGGGCUUGACCCCCAAUGAGACACUGUGGACUCGAGGAACCACUGACUUACUUGACAAUAAAACCACGCUGCUACUCAUAGAGCCAGACAGGACUGGGGCUACUACAUGUCAGCCCUUAAGAGGCAUGACUGAAACAAUGCUGCAUCCUGACCUGGAGCCACUCACGACCCUCAGUGUUACAGUAGAGUAACAUUAGUUGCUUGAUUGUAAAGCUGUUUGCCAUUGAGAGAAGCCAUUUCCUACAGGAAACGUAUGUAUCGGAAUAACUAGGGCUAUAUUUUAUGAUUUAAUACCUAUUAUCUCACAAUAAAUGGCCUGUUGUUAAA